ACAACUACGAGCAAAAAAAGCAGCAAAAUCAAAACCAAAACCAAAACCACCAAAUGUUGCUAUUCGAUUUCAAUAUGUCGCAUAA